AUGUUUGGAAGAGGUGCACCGAAGAAAAGUGAUAACACAAAGUAUUAUGAGAUUCUCGGCGUUUCGAAGAGCGCUUCUCCUGAUGAUUUGAAGAAGGCGUACAAGAAAGCUGCUAUCAAGAAUCAUCCUGAUAAGGGUGGUGAUCCUGAAAAGUUCAAAGAGCUUGCACAAGCUUAUGAGGUUUUGAGUGAUCCAGAGAAGCGUGAGAUAUAUGAUCAAUAUGGUGAAGAUGCGCUGAAGGAAGGAAUGAGUGGUGGUGGAGGCCAUGAUCCAUUUGAUAUCUUUUCGUCUUUCUUUGGUGGUGGAGGAUUUCCAGGUGGUGGUAGUAGAGUUAGAAGGCAGAGACGUGGUGAAGAUGUUGUUCACCCCUUGAAGGUCUCUUUGGAGGAUCUUUACCUUGGGACAUCUAAGAAGCUUUCUCUCUCGAGAAAUGUUCUGUGUUCGAAGUGCAAUGGGAAAGGGUCUAAGUCUGGGGCUUCCAUGCAAUGUUCUGGUUGUCAAGGAAGUGGUAUGAAGGUUUCUAUGAGGCAUCUCGGUGCUAAUAUGAUUCAACAAAUGCAACAUCCUUGUAAUGACUGUAAGGGUACUGGAGAGACAAUUUCUGACAAAGAUCGAUGCCCACAGUGCAAGGGAGAGAAGGUUGUUCAACAUAAGAAAGUACUUGAAGUUCAUGUUGAAAAGGGAAUGCAGAAUGGGCAGAAGAUUACCUUCCCUGGUGAAGCUGAUGAAGCGCCGGAUACAGUUACUGGAGACAUAGUAUUUGUGCUUCAACAGAAGGAGAAUCCCAAGUUCAAAAGAAAUGGUGAAGAUCUGUUUGUAGAACACAGUCUGUCCCUCACUGAAGCUUUAUGUGGUUUCCAGUUUGCCCUGACUCAUUUGGAUGGUCGUCAACUCUUGAUUAAAUCAAAUCCUGGAGAAGUUGUCAAGCCUGAUUCUUAUAAGGCAAUUAAUGAUGAAGGAAUGCCAAUGUACCAGAGACCAUUCAUGAAGGGCAAGCUUUACAUUCACUUCACUGUGGAAUUUCCAGAGUCUCUGACUCUAGAUCAGGUCAAGGCUUUGGAGACAAUACUGCCAGCACGACCUGUAUCACAGUUGACAGACAUGGAGAUAGAUGAGUGUGAGGAGACAACACUUCAUGAUGUCAACAUGGAUGAAGAGUCAAGGAGGAAGAAGCAAUCUCCGCAGGAGUCUUAUGACGAGGAUGAUGAUAUGCCUGGUGGUGCUCAGAGAGUUCAAUGUGCUCAGCAGUAA